UUCCAAAAGUGUGUGCGUAAGCAUAAAUGCACUCUCUAAUCUAUGUUACUUUCAUAGAUUGUAAAAGCAAUAUCGGCAACUGUAGUUUUUUUAUCGUUAUCUGUGUGCUCAGCUGUGUACAGAAUAAAAUAUCAAGAGGAUCUCACCAUUGCAUGCAUAAUGUCUGUGGAUGUUGGACUACGAUUUCCAGUAUGGGACUUGAGUAAGAGUCAGUAUGAAGAAACGGAUUUUCUCCCACUAAUGUCGACGCCUGGACCAGUGAUGGUGAUAUUGGCUGUUUACUUAUUAUAUGUACUGAAGAUCGGACCUGCUUUAAUGAUAAAGAGAGAACCUUAUAAACUAACAACAGUACUGUUGUUAUACAAUGCACUGCAAGUUGCUUAUUCCAUAUAUUUAGUUCAAAAGUAUUUUCGACACUUAUCCCAACAUGGACUAGUACCGACGACAUGUCUCAUAAACCAAGAGACGGAACGAAGCGAGAUUCUCUUUAGUAUUUGGUUGUACUUCGCAGCCAAAGUUUCAGAGCUUUUGGACACAGUAUUCUUUGUUCUUCGUAAAAAGGAUAGCCAGAUCACCUUCCUCCAUCUCUAUCACCAUUCAAUCAUGAUGAUCGGAACCUGGGCCUAUUUAAAAUACUGGCCUUCAGAUACAUUAUACUUCAUAGGAUUCUUAAAUUCAUUGGUCCACGUGUUUAUGUAUACUUACUAUGGUCUAUCCGCUUUAGGACCAAAAGUCGCCAAAUACAUCAUUUGGAAGAAAUAUAUGACAAAAUUUCAGUUGGUACAGUUCGUUUGCAUUAUAAUACAUUAUAUCGCGGCUGUGCAAAACUCUCAAUGUCCCCCGUCAAGUGGCGUAGCGACAUUCAUUGCAACCAAUACGGCGUUCUUCCUAAUUCUAUUUCUCCACUUCUACAGGCAGAGUUAUAGCAGGCGAAAGAACAUAUCUAACGAAAAUGAUAGUGCAAAUAAAUGUACUAAGGAAUUAUAGAAAUAUUGGCAUUUAUUAAUGUAAAUCUACAUAUUCUCUCUAGCACUCGGCUCUUUAUUUGAUAAAUAUUAUGAAUAGCAUGUUUCCGAAUUUAACGCCACGUCAGAGUUAAAACGCCAAUUCCUCAAUUCAUAAAUAAUAUGUAAAUCUAUGUAAAAAUUACUAUAUUUUAAAAUUCAAGUAAUUUUACAUCAUAAUUUGUAAUAUUAUCUUAUAGGUUUUUUUUUAAAUCACGCAAGUUUAAUGACCUAUUUUUGUUUAUUUUAUUCAUGACAGUAAAAUAAUCUGCAUUAAUCGCGUGAUCACGAAACAAACAGUAGGGCUAUUCUAUGGGCUAUAAGGACAAGCUCGUAACUCACCACUGAAAACGGUCGUGAAAGGUCAAAAAUUGAUAUGCGGUAUAGACCAUAAUAAUUAUAGUAUGUCAGGAAUACACGCAUCAAAAUAGUAUAACACCAUACGUCGGUUGUCAAAAUUUCACGGGUGAGUUAUGAAGUGAAUUCUUGCAGAAGCCCUGCUGGCCAUUAUAUGAAAUAUAUAUAUGUGAAUUUGUGUAUUAAAUUUGCGAUUUAUUUUAUAUACAUUUUACUGUUAAACAAAGCUUAACAAGUUUGAUUUUUUAAAUAUUUGAUUUUACGUGUCGAUUUAUGAGUUCACGUGGUCGAACGCUUAAAGUUGAAUAAAAAUAUAUAUUAAUAAAAUUAAUAGAUUUAUUAAAUUUAUAUUUUAAGCUUAUUUUAGAUAUAGAUACUUAAUAAUAAAUUAGUAAAAUACCUUUAAUAAAGUUUUAAAACCUGAUGAUUUUAAAACUUUAUUAGAUAAGAAUAAACACUUCUU